UUGGGUCGCAGUAUCUUCUGUGGGUUGAUUUUAGCUGCGGCUGAUUAGGUACCAACCUAGCUGUCCUGCCUUGCAAAUUGGGGCGGCGCAUCUCUCACACCCAACGGCGCUUCUUUUACACGCGGAGUUGGUUGUGCGAAGGGAGUGUCGCGGCAGCUGGGCAUAGCAGCGGAGGGACACGUAAUCAGAACAACAGAGCGGCUCGCGGUUCAAUUUCACCAGGCAUCAUUUUCGCAAAAUACAGAGCAACGCGUAUUGCUUGCCUGGCUGUCAUUUCAUCAUUUUACGCCUAAAACGUGCCCUAUCGCUUUAUUUGGGGGCGGGCGAAUUAGAUUUUGCAUGUGUUCAAUGAAACGUUGCAUUCUCACAUUUUCACAUGCCCGUUCGUAUUAUAAAUUAGCUCUGAUCAUUUAUUAGUGGAUCAUUGUCCUGUAAUCCGUCUAGAAGAAGAGCGUGUUUCCUCCUGUUGCGGCGAAAUACAGUUCUCGCUUCUAUUUCUACAUUAUACUAUCAGCUAUUUUAGUUAAAUCCAACAAAUACUCGUUUCAUCUGCUGAGGGUACCAGACUAACUGCGCUGAGAUGGGGUAUGGACGGUCAGACAGCUACCGUGUGGCCACCACGACGGAGAAGGAUGAGAAGGAGUCACCCAAGAAGGCAGACACCAAGGCAGAGAAGAAGAUCAAGGACAUGGACGACCUGAAAAAGGAAGUUCCCUUGACAGAACACAAGAUGUCUGUUGAGGAGGUUUGCCAGAAGUACUCCACUGAUAUUGUCCAGGGUCUGACCAAUGCCAAGGCAGCUGAGUACCUGGCUCGCGAUGGCCCGAACGCCCUCACGCCUCCACCGACCACCCCCGAGUGGGUCAAGUUCUGUCGCCAGCUUUUCGGCGGCUUCUCCAUCCUGCUGUGGACUGGCGCCAUCCUCUGUUUCCUGGCCUACGCCAUCCAGGCCGCCACCGAGGACGAGCCCGCUGGAGACAACUUGUACCUGGGUAUCGUGCUGUCGGCUGUGGUUAUCAUCACUGGAUGCUUCUCGUACUUCCAGGAGGCCAAGAGCUCCAAAAUUAUGGAGUCCUUUAAGAACAUGGUGCCCCAGCAAGCGCUGGUGAUCCGUGAGGGUGAGAAGAUGCAGAUCAACGCUGAGGAGGUGGUGGCAGGAGAUCUGGUGGAGGUGAAGGGAGGAGAUAGGAUCCCGGCCGACCUCAGGAUUGUGUCCUCUCAUGGCUGCAAGGUGGACAACUCCUCCCUGACGGGCGAGUCAGAGCCCCAAACCCGGUCCCCUGACUGCACACAUGACAACCCCUUGGAGACCCGCAACGUUGCUUUCUUCUCCACCAACUGUGUUGAAGGCACGGCGCGCGGCAUCGUGGUUUGCACCGGUGACCGUACCGUCAUGGGCCGCAUCGCCACGCUCACCUCAGGUCUGGAGUCAGGCAAGACGCCAAUUGCCAAGGAGAUUGAGCACUUCAUCCACCUGAUCACGGGCGUGGCCGUGUUCCUGGGCAUCACCUUCUUCAUCCUGGCCGUCUGCCUGGGCUACACCUGGCUGGAGGCGGUCAUCUUCCUCAUCGGCAUCAUCGUGGCCAACGUGCCCGAGGGACUGCUGGCUACUGUCACUGUGUGCCUGACCCUGACUGCCAAGCGCAUGGCUCGUAAGAACUGUCUGGUGAAGAACCUCGAGGCUGUGGAGACACUGGGAUCUACCUCCACCAUCUGCUCCGACAAGACUGGCACCCUCACCCAGAACCGAAUGACCGUGGCCCACAUGUGGUUCGACAACCAGAUCCACGAGGCCGACACCACAGAGGACCAGUCUGGCGCAUCCUUCGACAAGAGCUCGGAGACGUGGCUGGCUCUGGCCCGCGUGGCCGCCCUGUGUAACCGGGCGCAGUUCAAGGCGGCCCAGGACCAGCUGCCCAUACUGAAGAGGGACGUGGCGGGCGACGCCUCCGAGUCGGCCCUGCUCAAAUGCAUCGAGCUGUCCUGCGGGAGCGUCAAACAGAUGAGGGAGAAGAACAAGAAGGUGGCCGAGAUCCCGUUCAACUCCACCAACAAGUACCAGCUCUCUGUUCAUGAGACAGAGAAUGAGGAAGACAACCGCUACCUGCUGGUGAUGAAGGGGGCACCGGAGAGGAUCCUGGACCGCUGCUCCACCAUCCUGAUCCAGGGCAAGGAGCAGCCCAUGGACGAGGAGAUGAAGGAUGCCUUCCAGAACGCCUACAUGGAGCUGGGAGGACUGGGCGAGAGAGUCCUUGGUUUCUGUCACCUUCUGAUGCCAGAGGACCAGUACCCCAAAGGGUUCGCCUUCGACUGCGACGACGUCAACUUCACCACGGAGAACCUGUGCUUCGUGGGCCUCAUGUCCAUGAUCGACCCCCCCCGCGCCGCCGUGCCCGACGCCGUGGGGAAAUGUCGCUCCGCCGGCAUCAAGGUCAUCAUGGUGACCGGCGAUCACCCCAUCACGGCCAAGGCCAUCGCCAAGGGCGUGGGCAUCAUCUCCGAGGGCAACGAGACAGUGGAGGACAUCGCGUCUCGCCUCAACAUCCCUGUCAGCCAGGUCAACCCCAGGGACGCCAAGGCCUGUGUGAUCCACGGUACGGAUCUGAAGGACCUGUCCCAGGAACAGAUGGACGACAUCCUGAGGAACCACACGGAGAUCGUGUUCGCCAGGACCUCCCCCCAGCAGAAGCUCAUCAUCGUGGAGGGCUGCCAGAGACAGGGCGCCAUCGUGGCUGUGACAGGGGACGGCGUGAACGACUCCCCCGCCCUGAAGAAGGCUGACAUUGGCGUUGCCAUGGGGAUCUCCGGCUCAGACGUGUCCAAACAGGCCGCUGACAUGAUCCUGCUGGACGACAACUUUGCCUCCAUCGUUACUGGUGUGGAAGAGGGCCGUCUGAUCUUUGACAACCUGAAGAAGUCCAUCGCCUACACCCUGACCAGCAACAUCCCUGAGAUCACACCCUUCCUGUUCUUCAUCCUGGUCAACAUCCCCCUGCCCCUGGGGACCAUCACCAUCCUCUGUAUCGACCUGGGAACAGACAUGGUUCCCGCCAUCUCCCUGGCCUACGAGGCGGCCGAGAGUGACAUCAUGAAGAGGCAGCCCAGGAACCCCACCAGGGACAAGCUGGUGAAUGAGAGGCUAAUCAGCAUCGCCUAUGGGCAGAUUGGUAUGAUCCAGGCGCUUGGAGGAUUCUUCUCCUACUUUGUGAUCCUGGCGGAGAACGGUUUCCUGCCCUCCCUGUUGGUUGGCAUUCGGCUAAAUUGGGACGACCGCUCCAACAAUGAUUUGGAGGACAGCUACGGGCAGCAAUGGACCUAUGAGCAGAGGAAGAUCGUGGAGUACACGUGUCACACGGCCUUCUUCGUCAGCAUUGUGGUGGUGCAGUGGGCCGAUGUCAUCAUCUGCAAGACCAGGCGCAACUCCGUCUUCCAGCAGGGCAUGAGGAAUAAGAUCUUGAUUUUUGGGCUGUUUGAGGAGACAGCUCUGGCUGCCUUCCUGUCCUACACUCCAGGCAUGGACGUGGCACUCAGAAUGUACCCCCUGAAGCCCAGCUGGUGGUUCUGUGCAUUCCCGUACAGUUUCCUGAUCUUUGUUUACGAUGAGAUCCGAAAACUCAUCCUGCGCCGGAACCCUGGAGGCUGGGUGGAAAAAGAGACGUACUAUUAAAUGAUCAAUCCAUUCUUUACUUCUCACCCCCCCGAAAAUGCAUCCCCCUCUUCUUCCUUCCCCUCCAUCGUUGUCUCUCUAACCACAAACAACCCAUACGUGAAACUGCAUCACAAAACUCCCCCGUUUUCUCAUCCGAUAUUUUCCCCUCGACAUUGCCUUGGGGACCAGAGAACCAACCACAGAGGAGGAGAAGAACAGGAGGAUCCAGCCAGAUCCCUGCGCUCCUCGACGCCUCUGCCUUUUUUUCUAACUGAGGACUACAGCAUAGUCAAUACUGCCAAUACUGUUCUAAUGUUUACUAUACUGCUAUAGCACUGUUCUGGAGUGUAUAAACUGCACUGUACAAAAUACAGUUGUCAUUUCUCUUCUCUGUCGACAACCUGGCAGCUGAGCGUUGCAGAAUUGUUGUCGUUGUUCCACUCCCGCAAUUCCUUCUUGACGUCCUUGCUCCGUCUACCAGUCUUUAUGCACAUAAGCCCUUUCAGCACCCCCCCCCCCCCCUACCCAAAUACACACGCACGCUACCUGGACCAGUGGGUGUACAGGAGGACCCCAGGUUUGAUAAACAUGGACCACCAUAGAGAUGGAUAAAGGUAUCAUCACUGACACCACUAAACAUAGACCACCAUAGAGAUGGAUAGAGGUAUCACCACUAAACAUGGCCCACCAUAGAGAUGGAUAGAGGUAUCACCAUUGACACCAGUAAACAUGGACCACCAUAGAGUCACACCUGUUCAUGCAUAGACAUAGCAAGUGAGGCCAUAUCAACGUUAAAGUAGUACCCUAUUGUGUAUAAUUUGUUGGCAAGAGGGAUCAGUCAAUGAAGUUGGAAGUCCCACCCUCUUGACAAAAUUAAAAUGAUAGAUGGCUUCAGUUGCGAAGUCCAUGUUUUCCCCAGUCAUGUCCUCUAAGCAUCUUUAUGGAAUGGCUCAUUUUUGUGGAGUAAUCACCCACGCCCUCUAGAUUGGAUGGGUCCCCUCCUGUCUGCCCGCGGUUCCCUCGCUCCCUCCCGUUUUUCUGCCAAUGUUGUUGUUUUAUAAUAGAAGACUUGAGUGCUUUUUGUUGUUGCUUUUUUUUUUACAGUGGUUCGUACAAUUUCUGAGUUUCUCUUUUUUUUGUGUUAGAAGUGACUCAAACACAAAAGACUCCCUCUCUUUCUCUUCCAGACCACCCCCCCCCCCCAAACCUGUUUCUCUGUCUCUAUGUGAGCACUGUGCAUACCUUCUCCAUUCUUGUAACCCGCCCAACCCACCCAGUUAAAAUGAAUACAGUCUUUUUGUGUGCUAGGAAAAAGAGAUGUCAUUAUUUAAAUAUGUGAACAUUUUAAUUAGUCACUGUACCUUACAUGCGAAAAACAGCAGCAAAACAUUAAAUAAAAAAGAUGGAUCUGUU